UCUUUUGAGUCCCUAGAUUACUCUUUUGACGCCGAGGGCAACCCGGUCGGACAAUGUUAGCGAUGGCGGCCUGACGUCUCUUUCCUUUCUAUAUUCACGUUUUGGCUGGUCCAGUCUGCCUGAAAAUACUGGAUGCUGCCAGACAGCUGCUGGUACUGAGGAGCGUGAUGGUUGACGUGCCUUUCGGUUGGCCGUUUUCACGUAUAAGGCUUUACUAUCUGACAAACCGAUUAUGGCGCAAUAGGAGUAUCAGAUCUUACAAAUCGAAACUGCACUUUCCUUUAUAUCUGAAUUCCCUCUGCUUUCCCCCAGGUUCCUCUUCUCUUUUCUUUUUGCUACCCAGCAUAACUAGAACCUGACAAUAUCAUGGGUCUGCUCUACCUUGGGACGCCGUUAACAUGGGAUGAAGCGAAGAAGUAUGUCGAUCAUGUUAGAUAUCACGGAAUCACCCAGUUCCUUCAUACAUGGGACCGUUUGAAGGACCGACACGGAGAUGAGCUUCUCUGGGGCGACGAGGUUGAAUAUAUGGUUGUCUCAUUCGACGACGAGGCCAAGAAUGCAAAGCUGUCUUUGCGUCAAACAGAGAUCCUGGAGAAACUGUCUUCCAUUGUCAAUGAUAUAUGCUCCGACUGCGAUAACGCUGUUCCAGUGCCGACUUUUCAUCCAGAAUACGGUCGAUAUAUGUUGGAAUCUACCCCGGGAUCACCUUACACAGGUUCGAUUUCUGAUCUACUUUCUGUGGAGGGCAAUAUGCGCUACAGAAGGAGCUUGGCCCGUCAACACCUCAAACCAAACGAGAUUCCCCUGACCUUCACAUCAUUCCCUCGACUGGGUGUUCCGGAACAAUUUACAGAGCCUUAUUUCGAUCCUUCAGACGCGGUUUCCAGUCACAGUCUUUUGUUGCCAGAGGAGAUCACCAAUCCCCACGCACGCUUCCCCACUCUUACCGCCAAUAUUCGCCGUAGACGAGGAUCCAAAGUGGCCAUAAAUCUACCUAUCUUUUUCGAUGAACACACACCGCGACCGUUCGUUGACCCAACUACCCCAUGGGAUCGUUCAAUCUACCCUGAAGAUCCCGAAGCGAAGAAUGGUGCCGCACUUCCUGAUCAUGUUUACUUGGAUGCGAUGGGUUUUGGAAUGGGGUGCUGUUGUCUUCAACUGACGUUUCAAGCUUGCAAUGUCAAUGAGGCGAGACGCAUGUACGACGCGUUGAUCCCAAUUGGUCCAAUUUUGUUAGCACUCACUGCCGCAAGUCCGCUCUGGCGCGGUUAUGUUACUGAUGUAGACUGUCGCUGGAACGUCAUUGCUGGCAGCGUUGACGAUCGCACAGAAGAAGAAAGGGGUUUGAAGCCUUUGAAGAAUGAUCGUUACAAAAUUCCGAAGUCAAGAUACGACAGUGUCGACUUAUAUAUAUCCACGGAUUGGGCUAAUCGUCCGGAAUAUAACGACACUUACGUACCAUAUGACAAGGAUAUAUUUGAUCGAUUGAUGCAGCAUGGCAUUGAUGACCUGUUAUCGAAGCAUAUAGCACAUCUAUUUAUUCGUGACCCUCUGGUUGUGUUCUCCGAAACCAUCGAUCAGGAUGAUGAAACCAGUAGUGACCAUUUCGAGAACAUUCAGUCAACAAAUUGGCAGACGCUGCGGUUCAAACCACCGCCACCAAAUUCUUCAAUAGGUUGGCGAGUAGAGUUUCGGAGUAUGGAAGUUCAAAUGACCGACUUUGAGAAUGCUGCGUUCGCGGUGUUCGUGGUUCUUCUUUCCAGAGCCAUUCUAAGUUUCAACCUCAAUUUCUAUACGCCCAUAUCAAAGGUGGACGAGAAUAUGUCAAGGGCUCAGCGAAGGGAUGCCGCUAGAUCCGAGAAAUUUUUUUUCCGCAAAGACUUUUAUCGAGAAGGUGCCAGUGGCUACUCCUCGAGUAACCCAUCCUCCGGAUCCUGCACGCCAUGCAACGGGGUGCCUCGCAUCAAGGACAAGAAAAUGCGAAACUGUUUCCCUUCAGCUCCGUUGCCUGAGAAUGGGGUUCACCGUGAGCCAGUGCAAGACGAAUACCGUGAAAUGAAUAUGAAUGAAAUCAUGAAUGGCGAUGGUGAAACAUUUGCAGGGCUGCUUGGCGUCAUUUCCGAUUAUGUGGAUACUCUGGAAGUCGACGAAAGUGCUUUGGCUAAAAUUAACCAGUACCUCGAGCUAAUUCGAAAACGAUCAAACGGAUCGUAUGUAACCCCUGCGACAUGGAUGCGAAACUUCGUUCGAGAACAUCCCGACUACAAGCGAGACUCUGUUGUGAGCAUGGAGAUCAACUAUGAUCUCAUGAAAGCCGUGGAUGAAAUUGAGCGAGGCGUGAGACGUGCUCCGGAACUUUUACCAGAAAACUACACAGGCGGGGCUGAGGAUCAUGGAACUAUCGGUCUAUAGAUGCAUUAUUUGUUAAAUAAAAUAAAUAUUAUAUUAUAUAAUUGCCGUGGG